AUGGACCUCGAUCUCCUCAAGGAGAGUGGCAAGCAUCGGGCCUUCAUGCCCAGACGCCGAUUCCGCAAAUUGGCUCGAGACAACAUCCAGGGUGUCACUCGCCCCGCGAUCCGCCGUCUCGCCCGCCGCGGUGGCGUCUAUCGCAUCGGCAACGAGAUUUAUGAGGAAGCGCGCAGGGCCCUCAAAGAUCGUCUUACUGAAAUCAUCCGCCGCAUUGUGCACGUUAUGGACAGCGGAACCACUCCAGGCCAUGAGCGUAAGGUCAGCUUUCCUCUUUUCAUGUCAUCUCAUUUAUAG